AUGGCGACACAGCCACCUGUCACCUUCUCCUGGUUGCCCUUGGCAAGAUGUGCUUUUGUGCUCGCUCUGUCAACCCGAGCUCUGGUUCCAUCGUCUCCCUUGCGAAGGCGUCUUUAUCCGUUCUGCUUCAUCCUGCUCUACUGUCUGUACAUCGCCGAUAUUGUCCUGUACUGCUCCCGAUUGGGAGCGGGCUUGUGUGGCCAUGAUAACUACAUCCAUGUUAUCCUCCUUUGCAUUAUUGUCCAUCCGUUAUCCUAUUUCAUCUUCCUCUUUGCCAUUACCACCUGCGACAAGCUGGAGGAUUUGGGAAAGCUGGGCGAGUUUCUCCUCAGUCUGCGCACUUCUCGAGGUCUGAUGUUCAACGCCUUUUUAAAUUCCUGUGAAAUGUCUCGGGACAGUCCACUGAAAAGGGAGAGCCUACGACCAACAAGGCAGAAGAAGCAGUUUAAUUGA